AUGGCAUAUUUAGCAAGAUGCUCCAAUAACUUUCAAAACGAAAAUAGUCUAAUUACUUUACCCAGGACUAACUUCUUUUCUUGGUUUUUGAUUUGGAGAGUUCCAACUUUAAGAAUUUUAUUCAACUUAUUGAAAAGUGAUGAAAAUUGGGAAUUAGAGAGCUCAUUGAGUCAAACGUUUUUCAAAAAAAUUAUGAAUAGUAAAAUUCCUGAAUGGAUAAUCUUAUUCCCCGAAGCCAACGUUUGGAACCCAGAGGAUUGCCGUUUGCAUCAAAAACAGUGUGAAAAGUACUAUUUACCCGUAUUGCAAAAUCUUCUUUACCCAAGGUUCUCUGGGUUUUACAAUGCCAUAUCUUCGUUAAAUAAUAAACAGAAUAACAAAAUAUCAACAAUUUACGAUGUGACAAUUUUUUAUCUGAAAAAACCUAGAAUAUCAGCUACAGAAUCCAAGGAAUAUGGCAGCUCAUUCGCUUCGCCUACGCUUUUGAAAAUCUUCUCAAGUGAAGAUGAAAUCGAGGUGAAGAUUCACGUAAAAUCCAAAUUGAUUAUGAGAGUGCCUACAAAGCGUAAAAGAUUGGAAAGAUGGCUUGAACACUGCUGGGUCGAGAAAGAUAAGUUUAUCACUAACGAGUAUUUAUCCCACCAAAUCGAGCCAAUAGUUUCUACUUCCUUAAUAGAUAAACCAAUUACCUCAUUGUUAACUUCUCCUUCAACCAACGAAAUAAGUAAAUAA